AUGACGAAAAUCAAAACAUUUUGGAUAAAUACUGUUGAUCAGUAUUGCAGUGGCAUUAAGACAGUCACUAACGAAACAACUAGAAUGAUACGCACUGCUAAGAGCAAGUUAACAAUUAUAAAUAAAAAAAAAAAAAUCCUGACAAAAGCUGAAGAAACUACUAUCCCCCGACCUACUGUCCCAGAAUUCGCAGACGUUGUUAUCAUCGGCGGUGGAUCAGCUGGCUGCAAUGCAUUGUACCAUUUAGCGAAGCUUGGCACCAAUGCAAUUUUGCUGGAGAAGUCGAAACUGACCUCUGGAACAACUUGGCACACUGCUGGGAUGUUCUGGAGGCUGAGGCCCAAUGAUGUAGAUAUCCAAUUGUUGGACGGAACGCUGAGAACUAUAAAACAAUUGGAAGAAGAAACUGGAGAAAAUCCUGGAUUUAUACAAAAUGGAGGAUUGUUUAUAGCUCACAAUGAAGUAAGUUUCUUCUUUGAAACUAAAAAAUUGUAUCCAUUUAUUGAUGAAAAAAGCUUCACUGGCGCUAUUUACAGCCCUCAAGACGGUACUAUAGAUCCGAGUAUUCUUGUUGACGCGUUAACGAAAUCCGCAAAAAGUCUAGGAUCUAAAGUGAUCGAAAACUGUCCAGUGCACAAAAUAAUAACACAAGAGAAUGAAUACGGCUGGAAAUCGGUGACAGGAGUGGAAACUCCUUACGGAACAAUAAGAACAAAGUGUGUUUUAAAUGCAGCUGGUGUGUGGGCAGGAAGUCUAGCUAAACUAGCUGGUGUAAAUAUUCCCCUGAUACCGAUGAAGCACGCUUAUGUGGUCAGUGAACCUAUAGAAGGUGUUCAAGGUCUUCCUAACAUUCGCGACCAUGAUGGCAACUGGACGGUGUUUAACACCCACGUGAACGCGAUGGUAGAGCUAGUGCCAAAAUUGAAGACUACUGGGAUAAAAUCGACGGUCUGUGGUCCAGAGUCUUUUACUCCAGAUCACAAACCGCUGAUGGGUGAGGACCCCAAGCUCUCUGGUUUCUUCUACUCUUGCGGGUACAACAGUGCAGGCAUGAUGUACGGCGGGGGAUGCGGAGAGCAAAUUGCCUCGUGGAUCAUAAACGGCCGUCCGGAAAGACACAUGUUUAGUUAUGACGUGCGCCGAUUCACCUCCGACCAGGUCAGAGACUCCGUCUGGGCGAACGAGAGGUCCCAUGAAGCUUAUGCUAAAAAUUAUAGCACUGUUUUUCCUCAUGACUCACCAUUGAGCGGACGGAACUUUAAAAAAGACGUCUUUCAUAAUUUGCUGAUUAAAAAUGGAGCUGUGAUGGAAGAAGCACAAGGAUGGGAACGACCUGGGUGGUAUCAACCUGAAGCGUUAGCUUGCAGAAACAAAGCCGCUUUGUUCGACUUAUCAUACUUCGGGAAAUAUUAUCUUUGCGGCGCGCAAUCACGAGAGGCUGCCAAUUACUUAUUCACCGCUAAUGUUGAUCGGGAAGUAAACAGAACCGUUUACACAUGUGCUUUGAACAAACAUGGUGGAGUUGAAGCUGAUUGCACUGUAACUUCAAUAGAGGCUGGGUCUGGAGGUGUGGCUGAUCCAAUUUUUCAGCGCAAGGCAUUUUAUAUCGUCGCUGGAGGAAUGUCAUCAUACCACACAUUCGCUCAUUUACACAGAGUAAUCAGAAAAAAAGGCUUUGAAGCAACAAUCCACGAUGCUACAGAAACAAUGGGAAUUUUGUCUAUCCAAGGGCCAAACAGUCGAUACAUCCUUGAAGAAAUAACAGACAAAGAUUUUUCAGAUAAAGAAUUCCCGUUUUCGACUUCCAAGAUCAUUGAUGUAAAAGGCUGUCUUGUAAGAGCCUUCCGUCUGAGUUUUGUCGGUGAGCUCGGAUAUGAGCUCCACAUUCCAAGUCAGUCUUGUGAGAAAGUUUUCAACAGUUUGAUGGAAGCUGGCAAGGAGCAUGGAUUGAAAUUAGCCGGUUUCCGUGCGAUGUACAGUCUCAGCUGCGAAAAAGGUUAUCAUUUGUGGAACAGUGAUCUCAGAAUUGAUGACAAUCCCAUUGAAGCUGGACUGGGAUUUGUCUGUCGUCGUCAUGGAGACUACAAUGGCAAGAAAGCUGUCAAUAACUUACGUGUUAAUGGUGUCAAAAGGAAAUUAGUUCAUUUUCAUCUUAAAGACAAAAAUACGCCUCUCUGGGGUUUAGAAGCUAUUUAUCGUGAUGAUAAACUUGUAGGAUAUUUAAGAAGAGCUGAGUACUCUUAUGUUUAUAGUAACAGUAUUGGACAAGGAUGUUUGUUAAAUUCAGUAUAUCACACAUCCACUGGGCGAAAACGUAAAUAUGAAAUAGAAUCAAUGGGAAAAAGAUAUCCGGCACGAGCUUACUUGCACAGUCCAUUUGAUCCCGAAAAUAAAAGACUGCAAGGCAAUUAUAAUUAA